AUGUCCCUAGACGCUUUUAGAAAACAGGUUCUUUCGAAUUCAGAUGGUGAAGAACGAGUUGAGGUCAAUCAAAGGCAUUUGAUUGACAAGAUUUUGGCACGAUACUCUGCUGAAUUUGUAGUGUACCGGGAGUUAAUGCAGAAUUCUGAUGAUGCAAAGGCACAAAGUGUCCAUAUUAUAUUUGAAACAGAAAAUCCAAGUACAAAUAAAAAUAUAAUAAAAGAUAAAGUCAUACGAAUUCAAUUCAAAAACAACGGAUUCGCUUUUAGACACGAAGAUUGGAAUCGAUUAAAGAAAAUUGCCGAAGGAAAUCCAGAUGAACAAAAAAUAGGAGCUUUCGGGGUGGGUUUUUAUUCGUUGUUUUCAGUCUGUGAAAACCCAUUUGUUUCUUCCGGUGGACAAGGAAUGGCUUUCUAUUGGCGUGGAGAUCAAUUAUUUGCAAAACGAGGACCAAUUGGCGAUGAAGACCAGGUUUGGACAACAUUUUUGAUGGACAUGAGAGAACCUGCUGAGUUUCCAAAUGUUGAAGAAUUCGCACGAUUCUUAGCUAAUUCACUGGGAUUUACAGGAAAUCUCCGAGAAAUUUCUGUGUAUUUUAAUGAUAUAUUAGUAAUACGAUUGUCAAAGAAAAUGCAAGAGCCGAGAUCGAUGAAUAUCACAUCUGGGUUCAACACAUUUUCUCCACUAAAGAUGUUUCAUCUUACCUCAGUAGAUGUUAGAGGUGUCCAACUAGACGUUAAGAGAUUACUUGUCCCAACAAAUAAAAUAACUAGGCAGUGGCUUCCGAUACCAAUUACCGAUUACCAAGUAGAAGAGACGUCUAUGUUUCUUAGAAUCGCCAGCGGAAAUUUGGAUGUUAAAGUCAACGAAGGGUUUUCUUCAGAGAUGGAACGAAUUACUAAAAAGAAACCGCCAAAUAAAACAACUAUCCAAAUGAUAUUUACUGGAUUUGAUGAACAUAAUUCAUCCGGGAAUUAUAAUAAGAAUAUUUCUCCGGUCUUUAGAGAUUUACUUCCAUUUCCAGAACAAGGAAGAAUAUAUAUUGGUUUUCCAACUCAUCAAACCACAGGAUGCUGUUCUCACUUGGCGGCCCGCGUAAUUCCUACUGUGGAGCGAGAAUCAAUCGACUUGGUAGACAAAACUUUGGCUAAAUAUAACAACGAGUUGUUAUGUAUAGCAGGAAUAUUGUGUAGAAUUUUAUAUGAAGAUGAAAUGACUCAAAUAACAAGGCUUUAUAAUGAGAUGAUUGGUUCUGAUGUAGUAUCUGAUGAUGAGAAUGUCAAGUCUGUUCGAGAAUGGUUUGAAAAACGAGCAGCUCAUGCUUUAACGCACUUCACUUUCAAACCCAGUACGCCGAAUGUGCAUGUUGGCAGAAUAACGGAAUUACAAUUUUUCAGUUGCUCGAAACAACAAUUAUCUAUUUUGUCAACAAAUGGAGUCUUUCCGAUAUCUAAUGUUCGCAUGCCUAAUGCGGAGAUGGCAGGAUUCAUAAAAAAAGUUCCAGUUGUUCCAAAAGUUAUAUUGGAACAAUGUGAUGUGUUUUUUAAGAAAGCAAAAGAUUUGAUGAAACUUAUAGAAGAGUUGAGUAUUCAAGACGUUUUAUAUGAAUUGAAAAGUCGAAAACUUUCUGAAGAUGAAACGGUUGAGCUUUUGAAAUGGUGGACUUCAUAUAACUCAAAAGGAAAUAUUGCUAAUCAAUCGGAUUUUGCACUGCUCAUGCAGCUUGCUACUGUACGUAUUGGCGAUCAAUUGCGAGCUUUAAACACGUUUCGUUACUAUUUGAAUCCAAGCAUAAUUCCACCUGAUGUAGAUUUGCCUGUUGAAGUUUUGCCAUAUUCUAUUUCCAAAAACUUACAAAGGUCGGAUCUUGAAAAGUCGUUUGGAUGGUCAGGGUUGUCUUUGGUUACCUGGUCAAGGUUUAUUGUUAAUCAUCCUGAUUUAGAAAUUAGCCCCGCAUUUGCUGAGAAAGUUCAUAAUAUUAUAGAAAGACAAUUUAAAAAUACUUUGCAAAAUGAUAAGGAAAUAAUUUACCAGUUAUUUGUUCAAAAGAAAUGCGUUCCAACUAAAUUUGGAAUGAAGUUACCUAACGAGGCUUAUUUCCAAAAUGUUAAUCUUUUUCCUGACUUACCAACGAUCCAAUUCCAAAAACCCUUAAAUGUUCAGAAUAUAAUGCAACUCUUAGGUGUUCGAAAGGUCGUUGAAUUACAACUAAUUUUUGAUCGUCUUGUUAGUCAAGGAAAUUGGGAUCAUAUGCAACUUGCGAAAUACCUUUCCUCGAUAUCGAAUAACCUUAAAGAUAUUGAAACAAAGAGAUUAAAGAUUACGCCUAUCUGGCCUAAAGAAAACCUUGUAGAUUCACAGCCGAACAAUGGUGAACCUGAAGAAAUGAAGCCAAAGCCCAAAAUUCAACGCUUCGUUGCUAGUGAUCUUUAUGCACCUUUAGCAUUACAUCGUGAAUUUGGUUUACCUUUACUUGAUUGGAAAGGAAAGUGGGCCCGAAAUACGCAAGAAGGAAAAUUCUUAAUUGAACUGGGUUUACGAGAAUUUCCCUCACUCAAAAAAAUUCUAGAAUUGGCAGCACCUCCUACUGACCCUAAAAUUCGCAGCAAGGCUCUCAAAUAUUUUAUUGAUAAUUUUAAAGAAAAAUAUUCUAAAGGUUAUAAUCCAGCGGAGGUUAAUAUUGCUUUUUUGCCUUGUUCGGAUCCAAGUAUUUACGCAAAACCUUUAGAGUGUUUUAUUAACCCUGAAUGCGAAAUAAUGAGAUUUCAAGCUGUACACCAAGAUUUACGAUUUCAAGCGGAACAAUUUGGCGUCCGUCAACAUCCUGGUCGAGAAAAUCUCAUAAAUAGACUUAUUGAGGGUCCACCGCAAGAUGUGAAUAAGGCAAAAGGAAUUUUCGAAUAUUUAGCUUCGCGACAGGGAUAUUUUGUCCAUUCUGAUUGGAAUACUCUUGUUGAUCUCAAAUUUAUUCCAAUUCGAGAUAAAAUUCAACCUAAUAUAAUUACUCAUACAAAUCCGCGUAGUUGUUUCUUUAAAGGUCAAGAAGAAAGCUUGAACGAUUUCUUUUCGUAUAUUGAUUUUGGAGAAAGAGCAAAUAAAUUUCUUCAAAGUUGUGGCGUCAAAAACGAACCGUCUCCAAUAGAAUUUGCUGAAUUAUUAGUGAAAUCGUCACAAGAAUUUUGGAAUUCAAUCGGAGAUAAUGUAGAAAAAUAUUUAACCGUUUUGAGAAGAAUUGCCAUUAAUUUUAGUAUUAUAGCAAAAAAACAAAGUUUGAUUUCAGAGAUGAGAAAAGCACCUAUUUUGUUGGCUGUGAGGAAGAGAAAUAGUGUCAAUAAGAAUGAUUUGGGUAACGAAGAAGUCGACCAAUAUUGUUUGGCUUCAGCGAGGGAAAUUUUCAUAAAUGAUGAUACAGUAUAUCAACAAGUGUUUAACCCUUUGUCGGUUCCAGAAGAAGACUAUAUGGAAAUGUUGUAUAAAAACUUGGGAUGUAGAUCGUUACGUGAAUCUGUGAGAGAAACUGUGACCCCAAUGGGCAAUGUUCGAGAAACCGAGAAUUCUCGAAAGUUACAAGGAACUAUAAUUGAACGAUCUCGUUUAUUCUAUCAUGAUUAUUCUAAAAAUGAGAUUAAAAAAGGUGAAGAAUGGCUUAAAAAGCUGAAAGUUAGAGAGAUCGAUCAAAUAGAAACUCAUUAUUUGUUAACAACUUCUUCUGAAAUCAAGAAAGAGUUUACUACAACGUGUCUCCUUCAAGAUAAACGGAAGGAUUCAUGGACUCUUUAUGUGACACCUGAUCCAGAUUUUCUUGAUAUUUCUCAACAUAUAGUCAAAAAUAUCUACAAAUCACACAAAUGGAAGGAUAUUUCUCAUCUCAAUAUGCUUUUAACUACACAUUUAUCAAGUUUAAAACGCAAGGGGUAUCCAAUUGAUCGUAUAUUACGACAGCCUAAAUUACAACGCGUUGUUGAGAAAUAUGAUAAGAAGAUGAGUGACCAAGGAAAUGAAGCAUCUCCGAUAAAAAACAAUCCUUCAUCUUCGGUACUCCCUCCUAAGCUGGAGAACUGUGUCGCUCAAUUACAAGAAGCAUAUCCAGACUGUGAUCCAGACUAUAUUCGAAAAUGCCUCUUACAAGAAAAGGAGAAUCACCUAGAUAAUGUAGCUAAUAGACUUGCCGAUGGAGAUUAUCCGCAAAUUGAUUCAAAAUCUCGUCAAGUCGUAUCAACCGGUGCUAAUAAUGAUGAUGAUUAUGGAGUGAGAAAACUUGGGUGGAAUCUCUUUAAUAAAGUAACAAAAUCUAUAUCGGAUUAUACCAAUAAUAGUAAUAAUAGUACAACAAAACCUUUGCCUUCUUCGUCAAAGCCCAUUGAAUCUUCUACAAAUAUGGAACCAGUCACCGUAACUCCUAAAACUACUCGAGAUUUACGAAACGUAUUACAGGAUGCCAUUAAAACUUGUCGUUCUAACUCGGGAAGUGUUAUUGACAGCCAAGCUAGUGUCAAAAUCGUCAGCGAAAGUCAAACUAGUUACUGCGACGUCAUACCUGGUCAUUCAUUACAUUUUGUUGGAAAUUUAAAAGGGAUUGAGCUUUAUGUUCCUAAAGGCCAAUCGGAAACGUUAUAUCAGUCAUGUGUUGAUCCAUUGCAUCGUUUUGUGAGGAUACUACAAGAUCUUGUAAUAGUUUUUGAACUCGCACCAAAAGCUAUUCAUGUAUUCUAUGACAACAAUGCCAGUUCAAUCGCAUUCAAUCGUGAUAAAGCAUUGUUUUUUAAUUUAAAGUUUUAUCUUGGAUUACAUGAUGAAGAAUGUAAAAUCAAACCUACAAGUGAUGCUAUGACCUAUUGGUUUAUGACAUUUUGUCAUGAAUUAGCACAUAAUUUUAUUGCUCUUCAUAACUCUGAACACGAAUAUUAUUUUUCAUCUUUCGCAGAAAAUUAUAUGUCAAAUUUUCUAGCGAUGAUGAAAAAGCGCGGAAUUUUAUAA